GUUCCGUUUGUGGGGCUAAAAGAUUUUAUGAUCCACUCAACUACUCCUCUGUCCACUACAUUCUCUGUGCUGUCACCUUCUUAGCGUUGAUGAAAAACAGAGAAAACAGAGAAGGGGCUUAUGUUUUUCGUCUCUGAGCAAAGCUUGAACUCAAGCGUUCCAAAACCAAAAAUCUCAACGAUUUCUGGCUUUGUUUUCUUCUGAUUCUUUUCUCAUUUCUCAAAACAAAGAUGUGGUCAAGUGGGUUUUUGUUUUCUUGAAGAACACAACUCGUUUGCUUCUAAGAAGGGUUGCUUCGAUUUUGCUCUGUUUUCGUCUCCAAGGUUAGGGUUUGAAGAAAAACUUGUAUCCGAAGUGGGCUGUGAGUGAUUUCGUGAGAAAAUGUUGUUAAUUUCAUGAACUGGGUUGUCCUAUUUUGGGUGAAAACAUGGGUGUUACAAAUUCAAAAGCGGAGAGGAGUGAAGCCCUGAGACUCUGCAGAGAGAGAAAGAGAUAUAUCAAAGCCGCCAUUGAUUCAAGGUGCGCUUUAGCGGCUGCUCAUGUUGCUUAUGUUCAAUCUCUUAGAAACAUUGGCGUUGCUCUUCGUCGAUUUGCUGAGGCUGAAGUGUUGAUAGAGUCUUCCCUCUCCACUUUCGCCACUGAAAUUGACAAAACCCCUUCACACUCUUCUUAUCCGUCACCGUCCCCGCCACACAUUGCCGGCGUUCCUGACUCGCCGGUGCUCAAUGGAAGCCCCCUUUCACCAUCUAUGACUAGAUUGAGCUACAUGAAGUCAGGAGGGACUAGUGCUGUGACUUUUAGUGUUAAUCCAAGUAGAAAUGUUUAUGUGGAUGACAUUGAUUCCAUGGCAUUUCCAAUGCCGCCACCACCCCCACCUCCUGAGUCGGGGCCCUCUUGGGAUUUCUUCUUUGACCCCACUGAUGAUUCUGAGAGCUUUAGGUUUGUGGGAAAUCUUAAUGGUUUCAAUAUGGGUUUUGAUGAUGCUACAAUGUAUAGACAAUUUAGUGAAAAACAAGGUGAUUUAGAUGGAACUAAUGAGAAUCAUGACGAAUUAAGAACCCCGGAAUCCGAGAAUAAGGUGCAUAAUAUGUCCGGCAAUUCGGUGCCUCGAGGUGAUGGGGGAGAUACAUUGGUAGCAUACAAUGCACAUUCAGUUAAACCUCAUGGGAUUGAAUGCAGUACACAGCAAGCAGAUGAUAGUGAAAGGAAAGGUGUAAACAAACAAGGAAGUGCAAAUGCGUUGGUUGGAACUUCGACGGGUAAAGCUGCUUUGGAACAAGCUAGUUCAAAGACAGAUAAGUCUGUGGUGGACAAAGAUAUAUGUGCAGAAAGAGAGGAUCCUUCAGAGUUCAUAACCCAUAGGGCUAAAGACUUUCUCUCUAGCAUAAAGGACAUUGAGCACCGUUUCUUUAGAUCAUCUGAAUCUGGUAAGGAGGUCUCCAGAAUGCUUGAGUCAAACAAAAUCCGAGUUGGAUAUAUUGAGGCAAAAGGGAGAUCAGUGUCAGCUUUUUCAGCGGCAUGCCACCUUGUUUGUUGCCAAGGAAAAACUGGACUUGUUUCUCAUGAACCUUCAGAAAACAUGACAAAGGUUAUCACUUGGAAGCGGUCAGCAUCUUCGCAGUCAUCAUCAUCAAGGAAUCCUCUCGCUACAGCAUCAAAAGAUGACAAUGAUGACAGCGGAAGUGAUUUUGUUGAAGAGUUUUGCAUGAUUGCCGGAAGCCACUCCUCCAGCCUGGACAGAUUGUAUGCGUGGGAGAGGAAACUCUACGAUGAAGUGAAGGCUAGUGAGUCUAUCAGGAAGGAAUAUGAUCGGAAGUGUGACCAGCUUAGACACCAAUUUGCAAAGGAUCUUAGUGCCCAAGUCAUUGAUAAAACUCGGGCAGUGGUGAAAGAUCUGCAUUCUCGGAUUAGAGUGGCGCUCCAUGCUGUUGAUUCAAUAUCGAAGAGGAUUGAGAAAAUGAGAGAUGAAGAGUUGCUGCCACAACUUCUAGAACUUAUUCAUGGAUUGAUUAGGAUGUGGAAGGCGAUGCUUGAAUGCCAUCAUGCCCAGUACAUAACCAUCUCCUUAGCAUACCAUGCAAAAAGCUCGGGAGGAACACCCCAGGAAGAUACACAGAGGCAGAUUAUGGCUCAGCUCCAGGAUGAGAUAGAAUGUUUUGGUUUGAGUUUUGCAGAUUGGAUCAACAGCCAUACAUCGUAUGUGGAAGCUCUCAACAGUUGGCUACAAAACUGCAUCCAGCAACCACGGGAGCGAUCCAAGGGCAGAAGGGCAUUCUCCCCUCGUCGUGUCAUUGCCCCUCAAAUUUUUGUUCUCUGUCGUGAUUGGUCGGCUGGGAUCAAAGCUUUGCCAUCUGAGGAGCUUAGUGAUGCCAUCAAAGCCUUCUUAUCUGAUCUGCGCCAUUCGAUUGGGCAACAAACAGAGGAACAGCAGAAGAAACACAGGACACCUAAUUCAGGCGACAAUGAAGAUUUAGAUGGUAAAGAUGAAGAGAAGAAUGAUGACGGGUCUUCGAACGUGAGCUGCAUACAUUCAAGUUUGACAAAGGUUCUUGACAGACUGACCAAGUUCUCUGAGGCUUCGCUGAAAAUGUAUUUAGAUAUUCAGCAGAAAAGUGAAACUGCUCGAAGUGCAUAUUGCAACUACAAGCCACCUAGAUCCUUCAGUAUAUGAGAUCGUCAAUGUAGUAUAAUUUCUGAUGUUACUGGUUGGAAGUAGAUGUUUGUUAACUUCAUAAUUUUUGCAAGGUUCUAUUGUGAAGAAGAUAUAGAGGAGUUGAGUUUGGUUUUCAAUCUUGGUGGUGAUUACUUUAGCAAAUAUGUGUGAGAUGAAUCUGUU